GGUCUCAAUCAAACGAGUCCCAGUGAUGGUACCAUGACAGACUUUGUCUCUUCUUCAUGUGAUUCCAUUGUAACGAUAACUUCACAAAGUUCGGAGGUCCGCAAUUCAAUUUCUUCAGGGCUCGAUUCGGCAGUGGCUCCUACUGGCCUUGAACUCUCGGAGGUGACUGAUGCAGCUACGUCUUUUGCUGGAGACACCGUAGUCGGCAAAGGCGAACGAAGGAACCUAGAUUCUUUGAUCACGCAAAAUUUCGAAAAUGUAUGCCACAUGACUUUCAUUUUUGUUUAA